AUGGAUCCGAGACAAACUAGCUGGUUUGGGGUUGAAUCUGCUCCAGCCAUUGUAAUACUUAAAGAUCCUGGUGUCAAACCCACUAUUUACUAUGGAUCAAUCAACAAUUCGAUGUUUAUAGAUAUCAUGGAGAAUAACAAAUAUCAUGUGCUUCCCCAGCUAAGGAGUGUCACUUCAAUGGAGUUGGGUUGUGAUGCUCGAGGUUACUCUCGUGCUGGAAGUGAGAUGAGGAUUUGGUAUUGUGUCAUCCUUGCUGGAAGGCUGAGCCAAGAACUAAAUAAAAUGCGUGAAACCAUUCGCAGGGUACAAGAGACACUGAACAAUAAUGGUGGUGAGUUGAACACUCUUGAUCAAGAUUCUCUGUCUACACCAGCAGCUCUUGCUGUGAAACAAAAGCGAUUGACGUUUACCUGGCUUGACGGGGAGGCACAGCAAAAAUAUUGUUUCUUCCAUGUAAAUUCUGAAGACAGCUAUGAAACUUGUGGAACAAGAAGGGCUAUGAUAGAUGUACCGCGUUUGCUAAUUGUACGAUAUGAGCGGAAUGAAACAGAGGAUGAAGUGAAAAUUGAAAGGCAGCCAAGAAACAUGUUUGAGGCAUUGCAUCACAGUGAACCAGAUCCUGCAUCUCAACUAGUGGCAAAGUACAAUGGUCCAGAUGAAAGUACAGAGAUCAUAAGUUGGAUUUCCAGGACAAUAGAAGAUGGAGACUCCAGAAAUCUCCCUCCUUUUAGAACACAAUGUCCUGAGCUGGUUCCUGAGGAUUCAGAUCCCUUAUGGCAAGCAGGUUCUGAGAAAAUUAUUUCUUCGAGCAAGGACUUGAAGUAUAAGAUCACUUCCUUCAUAAAUCAAAUGCAUAACCAAUUAGGUGAUCCAAGGAUUGGACCAGUUUUACUUUUGGUGGCAUUGAUGUUGUGUGGGCGCACCUGGCUGCAGAGAAGCCAACCAACUCCGAAGAAUGAGCCAAACACUUCAAAUGAAUCGAGUGAUAAGGAUAAGGUUAGGCAAAAUCGCGAGACUCGUCCAAGAAAUAACCCUACUCGUCCAAGAAACGACCUUAUUCCUCCUUCAGUCACUGAUGUGGAACCUAAGGAUGCUCAACAAGUGCAAUUUUCAGGCUCAGAUUCAGACAAUUAGGAAAACGUAGCUAGCAUUUAAAUUCAAAGAAGUAAGGAGAACUUUUUGGCCACACUUUCUGUAAACUAAUUUUGAGUCCACUUUUCAGUUAAUAGUCAAUAUUUCUUCUUCCAACCCGGGGAUCAUAGGUUUCAUCCAUUUUUGAGUUUUCUCAAUCCCAUAAAUCAGUAAUGACUUGUUAAGGUUUUUAAA